CCGCGCGACAAACCAGCUGGCGACUGGAGCUCGGACGCCGCACGCAGCCAACCAGCGCCUCGGGAGGGGCGCGGGGCGGGCCGGGCCGGGGGCGCGCAGCCCGUCACGCGGCGGCGCCGUCACAGCGCAGAGCAGCCGGCGAGCGGCAGCAGCUCCGGGCUCGGGAGCCCGCGCCCAUGCCAGUGCCCAUGCGGGGCCGCCGCCAGUGACGCCGGAGAGGUGUUCUCCCCACACUGGGGCUCCCACUACUGCAAGGAGUGACCCACGAAGGCCACAGAGAUGGCUGGGGCUUCGGUGAAGGUGGCGGUGCGGGUCCGCCCCUUCAAUUCCCGGGAAAUGAGCCGUGACUCCAAGUGCAUCAUUCAGAUGUCUGGAAGCACCACCACCAUCGUUAACCCCAAACAGCCCAAGGAGACACCCAAAAGCUUCAGCUUUGACUACUCCUACUGGUCGCACACGUCGCCCGAGGACAUCAACUACGCGUCGCAGAAGCAGGUGUACCGGGACAUCGGCGAGGAGAUGCUGCAGCAUGCCUUUGAGGGCUACAACGUGUGCAUCUUCGCCUACGGGCAGACGGGUGCCGGCAAAUCCUACACCAUGAUGGGCAAGCAGGAGAAGGACCAGCAGGGCAUCAUCCCACAGCUCUGCGAGGACCUCUUCUCUCGGAUCAACGACACGACCAAUGACAACAUGUCCUACUCCGUGGAGGUCAGCUACAUGGAGAUUUACUGUGAGCGCGUCCGUGACCUCCUGAACCCCAAGAACAAGGGCAACCUUCGCGUGAGGGAGCACCCACUGCUGGGGCCCUACGUGGAGGACCUCUCCAAGCUGGCUGUCACCUCCUACAAUGACAUCCAGGACCUCAUGGACUCAGGAACAAGGCCAGGUGGGACCGUGGCGGCCACCAACAUGAAUGAGACCAGCAGCCGCUCCCAUGCUGUCUUCAACAUCAUCUUCACCCAGAAGCGCCAUGAUGCAGAGACCAACAUCACCACGGAGAAGGUGAGCAAAAUCAGCCUGGUGGACCUGGCUGGGAGUGAGCGGGCCGACUCCACAGGAGCCAAGGGCACGCGCCUCAAGGAGGGGGCCAACAUCAACAAGUCGCUGACCACCCUGGGCAAGGUUAUCUCCGCUCUGGCUGAAAUGGACUCCGGACCCAACAAGAACAAGAAAAAGAAGAAGACAGAUUUCAUUCCGUACCGAGAUUCCGUGUUGACCUGGCUCCUCCGGGAAAACCUGGGCGGUAACUCAAGGACAGCUAUGGUGGCAGCCCUGAGUCCUGCAGACAUCAACUAUGACGAGACUCUUAGCACACUGAGGUAUGCUGACCGGGCCAAGCAGAUCCGCUGCAAUGCUGUCAUCAAUGAGGACCCCAACAACAAGCUGAUCCGCGAGCUGAAGGAUGAGGUGACCCGGCUGCGGGACCUGCUGUACGCCCAGGGUCUUGGCGACAUCACCGACACCAACACUGUGCCUGGAGGACCCAAAUUGACCAAUGCCCUGGUGGGUAUGAGCCCCUCAUCCUCGCUCUCAGCCCUGUCCAGCCGCGCGGCCUCUGUGUCCAGCCUCCACGAGCGCAUCUUGUUUGCCCCGGGCAGCGAGGAGGCCAUUGAAAGACUGAAGGAAACAGAGAAGAUCAUAGCCGAGCUCAAUGAGACCUGGGAGGAGAAGCUGCGGCGGACAGAAGCCAUCCGGAUGGAGAGGGAAGCCCUGCUGGCUGAGAUGGGUGUGGCCAUGAGGGAGGAUGGCGGCACCUUGGGCGUAUUCUCUCCCAAAAAGACACCACACCUCGUCAACCUGAACGAGGACCCGCUGAUGUCCGAGUGCCUGCUUUACUACAUCAAGGAUGGGAUCACCAGAGUGGGCAGGGAGGAUGGCGAGAGGCGGCAGGACAUCGUUCUGAGUGGGCACUUCAUCAAGGAGGAGCACUGUGUCUUCCGGAGCGACUCCAGGGGAGGCAGUGAAGCUGUGGUGACCUUGGAGCCCUGUGAGGGGGCAGACACCUACGUCAAUGGCAAGAAAGUCACAGAGCCCAGCAUCCUGCGGUCAGGAAACCGCAUCAUCAUGGGUAAGAGCCACGUGUUCCGGUUCAACCACCCCGAGCAAGCCCGGCAGGAGCGUGAGCGCACGCCCUGUGCGGAGACGCCAGCUGAGCCUGUGGACUGGGCCUUCGCCCAGCGUGAGCUGCUGGAGAAGCAGGGCAUUGACAUGAAGCAGGAGAUGGAGCAGAGGCUCCAGGAACUGGAGGACCAGUACCGCCGCGAGCGGGAGGAGGCCACCUACCUGCUGGAGCAGCAGCGGCUGGACUACGAGAGCAAGCUGGAGGCUCUGCAGAAGCAAAUGGACUCCAGGUACUACCCAGAGGUGAACGAGGAGGAGGAGGAGCCUGAGGAUGAAGUCCAGUGGACGGAGCGGGAGUGUGAGCUGGCGCUCUGGGCCUUCCGGAAGUGGAAGUGGUACCAGUUCACGUCUCUGCGGGACCUGCUGUGGGGCAACGCCAUCUUCCUCAAGGAGGCCAAUGCCAUCAGCGUGGAGCUGAAAAAGAAGGUACAAUUCCAGUUUGUCCUCCUGACGGACACACUCUACUCCCCUCUGCCACCCGACCUGCUGCCCCCAGAGGCCGCCAAAGACCGAGAGACGCGGCCCUUCCCCCGCACCAUUGUGGCCGUGGAGGUCCAGGACCAGAAGAACGGGGCCACCCACUACUGGACGCUGGAGAAGCUCAGGCAGCGUCUGGACCUGAUGCGGGAGAUGUACGACCGCGCUGCAGAGGUGCCCUCCAGUGUCAUCGAGGACUGUGACAAUGUGGUGACCGGCGGAGACCCCUUCUAUGACCGCUUCCCCUGGUUCCGGCUGGUGGGCAGUUCAGCCAUCUCUGGCUGCAACAGCUACCCUCUUCUCAACACAUGCAUGAGCGAGCGCAUGGCUGCUCUCACCCCCUCCCCCACCUUCUCGAGCCCCGACUCCGACGCCACCGAGCCUGCCGAGGAGCAGAGCGUGGGGGAGGAGGAGGAGGAGGAGGAGGAUGAGGAGGAGGAGGAGGACCUGGAGGACGACGUCUUUCCGGAGCACGCGCUGUGCGACGGCCGGGACCCGUUUUACGACCGGCCCCCCCUGUUCAGUUUAGUAGGAAGGGCCUUCGUGUACCUGAGCAACCUGCUGUACCCCGUUCCCCUGGUGCACCGUGUGGCGAUCGUCAGUGAGAAGGGCGAGGUGAAGGGCUUCCUCCGCGUGGCUGUCCAGGCCAUCUCAGCCGAUGAAGAGGCCCCUGAUUAUGGCUCCGGCGUCCGCCAGUCGGGAACUGCUAAAAUCUCCUUUGACGACCAGCAUUUUGAAAAGUUCCAGUCCGAGUCUUGCCCCGUGGUGGGGAUGUCCCGCUCAGGAACCUCCCAGGAAGAGCUUCGCAUCGUGGAGGGCCAGGGCCAGGGCGCAGACGUGGGGCCCUCAGCUGACGAAGUCAACAACAACACCUGUUCAGCAGUGCCCCCAGAAGGCCUCCUCCUAGACAGCUCAGAGAAAGCUGCCCUGGACGGGCCCCUGGAUGCUGCCCUGGACCACCUCCGCCUGGGCAGCACCUUCACCUUCCGUGUGACAGUCCUGCAGGCGUCCAGCAUCUCUGCCGAAUAUGCCGACAUCUUCUGCCAGUUCAACUUCAUCCACCGCCACGAUGAGGCCUUCUCCACGGAGCCCCUGAAGAACACAGGCAGAGGCCCCCCACUCGGCUUCUACCACGUCCAGAACAUCGCAGUGGAGGUGACCAAGUCCUUCAUUGAGUACAUCAAGAGCCAGCCCAUUGUGUUCGAGGUCUUUGGCCACUACCAGCAGCACCCGUUCCCGCCCCUCUGCAAGGACGUGCUCAGCCCCCUGAGGCCCUCGCGCCGCCACUUCCCUCGGGUCAUGCCACUGUCCAAGCCAGUGCCCGCCACCAAGCUCAGCACACUGACGCGGCCCUGUCCGGGGCCCUGCCACUGCAAGUACGACCUGCUGGUCUACUUCGAGAUCUGUGAACUGGAGGCCAACGGCGAUUACAUCCCAGCUGUGGUGGAUCACCGUGGGGGCAUGCCAUGCAUGGGGACCUUCCUCCUCCACCAGGGCAUCCAGCGACGGAUUACGGUGACACUACUGCAUGAGACAGGCAGCCAUAUCCGCUGGAAGGAAGUGCGCGAGCUGGUCGUGGGCCGCAUCCGAAACACUCCAGAGACCGACGAGUCCCUGAUCGACCCCAACAUCUUGUCUCUCAACAUCUUGUCUUCCGGAUACAUCCACCCAGCCCAAGAUGACCGGACCUUUUACCAAUUUGAGGCUGCGUGGGACAGCUCCAUGCACAACUCUCUCCUGCUGAACCGGGUCACCCCUUAUCGAGAGAAAAUCUACAUGACGCUCUCCGCUUAUAUUGAGAUGGAGAACUGCACCCAGCCGGCAGUUGUCACCAAGGACUUCUGCAUGGUCUUCUAUUCCCGCGACGCCAAGCUGCCAGCCUCGCGUUCCAUCCGCAACCUCUUUGGCAGUGGGAGCCUUCGGGCCUCGGAGAGUAACCGUGUGACUGGCGUGUACGAGCUCAGCCUGUGCCACGUGGCUGACGCGGGCAGCCCAGGGAUGCAGCGCCGGCGCCGCCGAGUCCUGGACACAUCUGUGGCCUACGUCCGGGGCGAGGAGAACCUGGCAGGCUGGAGGCCCCGGAGUGACAGUCUCAUUCUGGACCACCAGUGGGAGCUGGAGAAGCUGAGCCUUCUGCAGGAGGUGGAGAAGACCAGGCACUACCUGCUCCUGCGGGAGAAGCUGGAGACCGCCCAGCGGCCUGUCCCGGAGGCACUGUCCCCGGCCUUCAGCGAGGACUCUGAGUCCCACGGUUCCUCCAGCGCCUCCUCCCCGCUCUCGGCUGAGGGCCGCCCAUCACCCCUGGAGCCUCCCAACGAGAGGCAGCGGGAGCUGGCCGUCAAGUGCUUGCGCCUGCUCACGCACACAUUCAACAGAGAGUACACACAUAGCCACGUCUGCGUCAGUGCCAGCGAGAGCAAGCUCUCCGAGAUGUCUGUCACCCUGCUCCGGGACCCGUCGAUGUCCCCUCUAGGGGCGGCUACUCUCACCCCCUCCUCCACUUGCCCCUCUCUGGUUGAAGGGCGGUACGGUGCCACUGACCUGAGGACCCCACAACCCUGCUCCCGGCCAGCCAGCCCAGAGCCCGAGCUGCUGCCAGAGGCCGACUCCAAGAAGCUCCCUUCCCCUGCCCGGGCAACAGAGACAGACAAGGAACCCCAGCGCCUGCUGGUCCCUGACAUCCAGGAGAUCCGAGUCAGCCCGAUCGUCUCCAAGAAGGGGUACCUGCACUUCCUGGAGCCGCACACGUCGGGCUGGGCCAGGCGCUUUGUGGUGGUACGGCGCCCCUAUGCCUACAUGUACAACAGCGACAAGGACGCCGUGGAGCGGUUCGUGCUCAACCUGGCCACUGCCCAGGUGGAGUACAGCGAGGACCAGCAGGCUAUGCUUAAGACACCCAACACAUUCGCGGUGUGCACGGAACACCGCGGCAUCCUGCUGCAGGCCGCCAGCGACAAGGACAUGCAUGACUGGCUGUAUGCCUUCAACCCCCUCCUGGCUGGGACUAUACGGUCCAAGCUCUCCAGAAGGAGGUCUGCCCAGAUGCGGGUCUGAACCUGAGCCCUCCCAUGACAGCCGGCAGGCCCAACCCAUCCCCACCCUCAUCCUCGUCUGUUCUGUCACCUGCCGCCCGGCCCCUCUCCUGCCAGACAGCCCACGACCGGGUCGACCCCCCAGGGGACGCCUAUGCCAGGCCCGGGGACCUGUGCCACAUGACCAGCUGUGCUCCCAGCAGAGGCUGCGCGUGUCAGUUCUUCUUGCAGAAUGUGCUUUGGUGGAACAAGCUGGGAGAGGCUGGGGGCGCCAAGGGCACAGGUUACGGGGGUUCUUGCUGCCGUUCUAAUAUUUUUUUAAGCAUAGACAGACUUAUAAUUAAUAUACGUUAGUGACAUUGAAUCAGUCAACUCGGAAAUUAACUAUAAGACUUGUUCUAUUUAUAAGUAUUUAUUUCUAAUGCCUCCACAUAGCCCUGUAAUAUUCAGAUGGAACCCCCAACCACCUCCACCCCAUUUGUUCCCACUUGUGUCUCCCAAGCCUGCUAGGGACAGGCAGGGCAGGGACAGCCACCUUGGAAGGCCACAGUGAGGAGCUGUCUGGACCAGUGGGGCACCUUGGGGCUAGCACACGGGUGCAUCGCCUGGGCCCCAGGCUUCUCCAUAUCCACAUGAGUCCUGGGUGUAUGUGUGGGAGGGUGGGGGAGUGUCUUUGGUGCCUGAAGUCUGCACAGCAUGGAGGGUGGUGUGAGUUCCUCUGGUGGGAGGUAGAACGUACAUCUCUUCUGGGCGGCCACCUGAGAUGUGACUCUAAGAAGAGUUCCAGCAGCUUCCCCCAGGAAAGAGUGAGGGGUGACACUCGGCUCUGGCUCUGAGAUGAGGCAGACGGCACCCAGGCUGUGAUCUGUCCUGGGCGGGGACCGGGAGGGAGUGGGGUCAGGAUCACCUGCCAGUGUGCAGACUAUGGGGCUGUGUGCUGUCCCUGGACCAUCAGGGCAGGGUGGUGGGUUGAGACCAGGAAGUCAGGGAAGGUCGGAAUUCAGGGUGACGGUCUAGGUGUCGAGGGCUGUGGUGCAGCCUCUUCAGCUGCGGUGAGAAAUGGAGUGAGCUCGAGGUAGCUUCUGGGAAGAAAUUCUGCCAUUAGCAGGUUUCUUGCAAAGACUUUCCUCUCUUUGUUCCCAGGGCAGAGAGUUUCUGUGAGUCCCAUUGAGAAAAUCCCAUGGGGUGGGGUAUCCUGGUCAGUCGGCAGUGGAGAGUGGCUGGUUCGGUGGUUAUUGUCUUCAAGAAGCUCUUCCCUUCUGCAUCUGCGGUGUCCCUUUGUUCUUGUCCCAUUUCACCCCCUCUGCAGACACCAAUGUCCGAGGGCCACCCAGGACAGGACGGGGGUCAGCCCCAAGCUGAGAGUCUGGUCAUAGGAGUCACGUCCAGAGGCCUAGGGAGGUUUUAGGGCCCUCCCCACCCACACGCAGAGGUUGAUUUUGUCUCUUUUUAGCUCAAGGAAAGACAGUAGCCAAGCAACAGAGCCCCUCUCCCGCCGUGGCCCGUGGGAGCAGUUACAUCGGGUCUGGCGCUCCAGACCUAGGGCCCAGCACUUUCAUCAGAUCCUGCCUCCUGGAGUGGGGGAGAUGCAGCAUGCCACUGGUUCUGAGGCCCCUACUCUCCCAGGCUGUCCCACAUGAUGCUGACAUGAGCCUCAGAGACCCCAAUCCCAUGCCUGAGGGAGAGACAGCGGCUCAGGAGUUGGGGAGCAUGGGCCUUCUACACCACAUGGGAGGGCUCUGGCGUGAGGUAUUCCUUCAGGAAGGUUGUUCAGGCCCCUGAAGUUCCAUCUCGGAGAGUGGGGUGCAGGGCAGGCAGCCAGGACCCAUGCUGGCUGCAGUCUCUGUGGCUGCCUGCCUGGGCCAGCCUGUUUGGGAGCUGGGACUGUGGACUUGCCUUUUCGUACCUGGGCUCAGGUGCGGUGUGGCCACCGCCGCCCUCAUCCCCUGCCUGGGAGGCUCUCCCAGGGGCUGAUGGGGGGUUUCUGUGAGGGAGAAUCAGGGCUCGGGAAGCCACGUCUGGGAAGGCAGGACACAGGACACAGCAGCUUUCUUUGGAUAUCUCCCAGGUGAGGACUCAUAUCCCAGAAUAAAAUUCAGAAGCCAGGUGGCCUGUGCUCCCCAUGGGUGUCCUCUGGAGGCAGUGGGCCAAGACGCAGAGAGGAGAGGAUGCAGAACAGCUUCUUGCAGAAGCACCUGCUCCAGCAUCCAGGGCUGCCUGGAGGCAGGAAGGAGAGGCAGGGGCAGAACACACUGGUCUGAGAUGAGUGGGAGCCCCACGGGCCCCAGGCAGGCUAGAGGAGGCGCAGGCCCUGCCACGGCCAACUCAGGUCAGCCAGCCUGAGGCUGCGGCCUCCAAAGGGUCUGGGCGCGCCCCCCAGGUCGCAGGUGUCUGAGGCCAGCCAACCUGCAGAGCACUAGCGGCAUGAGUGGGCUGAGAGGAGGUGCCUGGGAGCUGCCUAAAUUCAGAAGCCUCCACUGCCAUGGAGACUGCCUGGCUGUGUCCUCUCAGCCAGGUGCCGUGUUGGCCUUGGCUAGGACCCAGAGCCACGCUGCAGCCUCCGCCGACUCCCUCCUUCCAGGCCUGCUCUAGUGAGGAGUGCCUAAGCCAGGACCCAGAAACUCAGAGUUGAUGGUGAGAGAAGGCCGCCUGAGUCAGGACACCUGGCUUCUUGAAAGUUCGCUCUGCCAGAAACCACCUAGGGAUCGCGUUAGCUGCAUUCCUUGAGCUCCCCAGGAGUCGGUUUCCACAUCUGUGAGGUGGAGGGCUGGUGUGGAGGUGCUCACGGGGUGCGGUGCUCAGGAGACAGCCAGGCCUAGCAUGGCUGCUGCUUCCUGCUAAAUGGGGAAGGUAAGACAGAUCUGGAAAGCCGUCUCCCUCAGAUGGUUUCAUUUAAUGCUUUAAACUGCCAAGUCUGGGGGCUUGUUUUGGUUUGGGGGCAGCCAUCCUCCACCAGAAAGGGGGAGCUCCUUCCACUGUGGCUCCAGAUAGAGGGGGAUGCCAGGCUCCAGGCUGACCAGCACUCGGGCUCUGAUGGGACAUGGCCAGUGCCUAGGGGUGCCAAGUCCAAGGCCUCCCACUGGGAGUCAUCGCUCGGAAGAUGCCAAUGUUUCACUCGCCGGCUGCACAGGCACAAACUCCCCCACCCAGGAUGGCUGUGAUGAGGUGGCCCUCCCUGUCAACCCUGGUCCCUGAAGUCUCCGGCACCUGGGGCCCUGGUGGGGCUGAUGUCACAGGUGUUUACUGUGCUGCUGCACUGGUCUUAUGCCAGCCUCACCCGUGUGGGGACCACGGAAGGCACACUCCCUUACCCCGGUGCCGGGCCGUGCGGUCCCCUAGAUGGACAGCAGCUGUGGCGACCUGCGUUUCUCCCUGGGCCUGUGCUUCCUGUAGUUAGUCCGUCCCCUGGUUCCCCUGUGGCUCAGAGGCCGCGUCCCUGGCUUGUACAUAUGUGAUUGCUGUGGGCACACCCCAGACCCCAUGUCAUAGCUGCCGUCCCGACGUCACGACGCCCGUCCCGAUGUCUUACACCCGAGUGUUAGCCCUAGGCUCCUGUACUGUGUGUGCACUUGAGGCUCUGUCCAAUUAAGAAAUAAACGUGGCUCUUACCCAACACA